UUUUACAGACGGAUCGCAAACAUGGCGCCUUAGAUAAAGUUGUCAAAGCUGAAACCAAAACGUUAAUCGAAGCAGCUGCCAAAAUGAUUUGAUAGACAAAUCUCACAGCUUCAAAAAACAUGGGACUCUUAAGGCACGUCGUGUGUGCCAUGUCAGGAGGCGUUGACAGCUCCGUGGCCGCGCUGUUAUUGAAGAGACGAGGUUAUAGUGUGACAGGAGUGUUUAUGAAGAAUUGGGACUCUUUGGACGAGUCUGGAGUGUGUACGUCAGAUAAGGACUGUGAAGAUGCCUACAGAGUGUGUCAAACACUAGACAUCCCCUUUCACCAAGUGUCCUACGUCAAAGAGUACUGGCAUGAGGUGUUUACUAAUUUGUUGAAGGAAUACCAAAAAGGAAGAACUCCAAAUCCAGACAUUAUGUGCAAUAAACAUAUUAAGUUCAACCAUUUCUACAAAUAUGCUAUAGACACUUUAGGUGCUGAUGCAAUGGCAACCGGACAUUAUGCUAGGACCUCCCAAGAAGAUGAAGAAGUAUUUCAACAGAUGUUCUCCUCUCCUCCUACCAAACUGUUCAGGGACAGAUUUGAGAUCAGAAAUCCUGUUAGGUUGCACCAAGGAGCAGACCUCUUCAAAGAUCAAACCUUCUUCCUAAGUCAAAUCCCACAGGACGCACUCAGACACACCAUGUUCCCACUGGCUGGACUCACCAAAGACUUUGUCAGAAAAAUUGCUGCUGAGGCAGGUCUCCACCAUGUGCUAAAAAAGAAAGAGAGUAUGGGCAUCUGCUUUAUUGGAGAAAGGGAUUUUGAAACUUUUAUUUUAGAGUAUCUUGAGCCUAAACCAGGAAACUUUGUAUCUAUUGAAGAUAGUUCAGUAAAAGGAAAACAUAAAGGCUGGUUUACUUUUACACUGGGACAGAGAGCAAGAAUAGGAGGCCAGAGGGACCCCUGGUUUGUUGUGGACAAAGACAUAACUACAGGAGAUGUGAUGGUGGCUCCAACCACCAAUCACCCUGCUCUUUUUCGGGACACAUUAAAGACAGAUCGUUUUCACUGGAUCACGAUGGAGCCACCUCGUGAAUUGGCCCAGACCAAGAUGAUGGAGUGUCAUUUCCGAUUCAUUCAUCAAAUGCCACUCAUCCGGUGCACUGUGACUCUGAAUAUGGAUGGUACUGUUUGGAUCUCACUGCCUGAACCUGUCAGAGCUCUUACACCGGGACAGUUUGCAGUGCUGUACAAAGGUGAUGAAUGUCUGGGCAGUGGAAAGAUCCUCCAGCUUGGUCCAAGUCAGUUCACUCUGCAGCGUGGUCGGGAGCGGCUGUUAGCGGCCACACGACUUAAAGAGCCCAGUCCAGAGCCGGUCAGCUGAGGAGAAGAGCCCCAGGAACCACUGAGGUGCAUUGUGUUCGUUGGUUGUCCAGCCUGAGGCCAGUGGAGCCAGUUUAAGUGCUUCAGUAUCUAAAACGGGCACUGGCUCCAGGACUGUUUCCAUCUAAUGCAUUUCUGCAAAACAUCCGAAACAAUGACUGGUGCAUCCUUUUUAUAGAGCCAUAACUUUUUUUAAAAAUAGAAGUCUGCUGUUAUUAUAAACAACAUCUGAUGGACCUACAUUAGCUACAAAGGGCUUCUACCUGAGCUUGGACAAUCGUUUUCACUUCAUAUAAAAAACCACUGGAGUUGCUGAACUUAACUGUUUUGCUAUUUUUCAAAAACAGAAACCACUGACUUCAUUACACAGAAGUAUUUUAUCAGAUGCUAAAAUCUGUUUUCAAACUGGACAACGUAAUUUAAUUUAGACUGUUCCAAUCUUGCCUUUGUCUUGUACUACCUUAAAGAUGUUGGCCCCUAAAUAGUUGUUCUCUUAAGAAUGACACGUAAAUCCAGCUAAAUUUACUGUAAAUAGAAAAUAGUACUUUUAAAUGUUUUAUAACAAAUAUUUAUAAUUUAAGGAUAUAAUGCCUGUGCCUUGGGUCAUCAAAAUAAUUUCCCUAGGAUUGCUAAAGUUUGUCUAAAUGUACGUCGUAUUACAAUUAAGACCUAAAUAAACAUACUUGUUGUGCCUUUUUUAAA